UGAUGGAUGGAAUUGAUGACAGCCCUGACCUUCUUGCCGAUGAAUCGGGUGGCAAGCAGAGAUCAGACACCGUUGAUUUGACCGACACAUCCUUGAUAGUGGACAUUUCAGAUGCUCUCAGUGAACGAGACAAGGUUAAAUUUACUGUUCAUACAAAGACAACUCUUCAGCAAUUCCGGAAACCUGAAUUUUCUGUUGUUCGCCAGCAUGAAGAGUUUAUUUGGCUCCAUGAUCGAUACAUUGAAAAUGAAGAGUAUGCAGGUAUCAUUAUUCCACCAACACCACCAAGACCAGAUUUUGAUGCCUCGCGAGAGAAGCUGCAACGACUGGGUGAGGGUGAAGGGACCAUGACUCGAGAAGAGUUUGUCAAGAUGAAGCAAGAACUUGAGGCAGAAUAUCUUGCCACGUUCAAGAAAACUGUAGCUAUGCAUGAAGUUUUCCUGCAGAGAUUGGCUGCCCAUCCAGCUCUUCGUGUUGAUGUCAAUUUUGAAGUGUUUUUGGAGUUUGAGGGAGAUUUAUCUGUUAGAGGAAAGAACAAAAAGGAAAAACUAGGAGGAUUUUUUAAGAGUAUUACAAAAACGGCUGAUGAAGCUUUAUUGUCAUCUCAGAAGGAUGUGGAUGAAUUUUUUGAGUCGGAAAAAGUAUUUCUGAUAGAUUAUCAUGUAAAGAUUCGAGAUGCAACUCUUAAGGGAGACAGAAUGACAAAAAAUCGUAAAAGUGUAGCAGAUACGUAUAUUCAGAUUUCAUCUGGGUUAGUGCAGUUAGCAACUAUUGAAAACACAGAAUUAGACAAAGUAUUUACUAAAGUAGCAGAAGCCUUGGAAAAAGCAAGAAAAUUAGAAGGUAGAGUGGCCUCUGAUGAAGACUUGAAAAUGAGUGAUACGUUGAGAUACUACAUGCGAGAUUCAGCAGCAGCCAAAGACUUGUUGUAUCGACGGACGCGGUCCUUGGCCGAUUAUGAAAAUGCGAACAAAGCUCUUGAGAAGGCUCGAUUAAAAAACAAAGAUGUUCAGCAGGCAGAAAAAGCACAAGAAGUCAGUUGCAAAAAGUUUGAGAAGAUUUCAGAAACUGCAAAAAAAGAACUGACAGAAUUUAAAUCUAGAAGAAUAACAUAUUUCCGUAAAAAUUUGGUUGAUCUUGCGGAAUUACAGUUAAAGCAUGCAAAGGCUCAGGUUCAGCUACUGAAGAAUUGUAUAACUGCUUUGAAGGACGAGCCCUAGGUUUUUCUUUGAUUGGUGCCUUUGGUGUCUUGGAACAUGAACCACGUGAUCAACUGGUGCCUAGUGCACCUGUCCAUAAUCAACCCAUACUUGCCACUGGACAAGUGUCUGCUACCAUGUCUCUAUAUUACAUACAGGCAUUUGUUAGGCAGUAGUUAUCAAAGGCAGUGAAAGAAUGGAAUAUUAAAUUGCAGUGGUAUUAGUGAAUUUUAUGCCAUCUUGUAGAGGUUGAUGGUUAAAAGCCCAAGUUUGGUGUUUUUCUGCACAAAUUGUUGAAACAUUACUGGACAAAUUGGAUUUAAAUAAACAAUGGAUGAAGGCAAGUUCUACUGACAGGAAUCAUGUUUGAUUAUAUUCCUGUCAAGUAUUAGAAAGAAACACUUUUGGUAAAAUAAAACUGCAGUAACAUG